UUUAAUAUUUAUUUUUUGAAAAUCUUCAAUAUAUCGCGUACUUUAUCCAUCCAUUAAAAAGCCCAAACAGAAGUAAGAAGAAACUGAGAGAAGCUUGAAGAAGAAGAAGAAGAUAUGGCGCUGCAAAUGAAGGCGUUGCACCUGUCGUAUGUGGUGCACGUGCUGGGUGUCGCCGGUGCGGUUAUGGUUCUGGUUUGGAACAUCUCUUUCAGAGGCGGUUUAGCUUGGUCAUCUGAUAACAAGAAUCUCAUCUUCAACGUCCAUCCAGUUCUGAUGCUUAUCGGUUUGGUUAUUAUGGGCGGUGAAGCGAUUAUAAGUUAUAAGGCUCUUCCUUUCAAGAAAGCCGAGAAGAAGCUUAUCCAUCUUAUUCUACACGCUAUUGCCCUCGUACUUGGUAUUAUUGGGAUUUAUAUGGCGUUCAAGAACCACAAUGAAAGUGGUAUUGCAAAUCUAUACAGUUUACAUUCCUGGCUUGGUAUCGGGCUUAUUUCUCUUUAUGGCAUUCAGUGGAUUUACGGGUUUUUGGUGUUUUUCUACCCGGGUGGAACGGCUGAUUUAAGAAGAGAGUCACUUCCAUGGCACGUGUUGUUUGGGAUGUUUUUGUACAUUUUGGUUGUUGCAAAUUCAGCACUCGGGUUUCUUGAAAAAUUAACGUUUUUGGAGAAUUCAGGGCUCGAUAAGUAUGGUUCUGAGGCUUUUCUGGUCAAUUUCACUGCCAUUGUUGCGAUAUUAUAUGGCACGUUUGUACUGCUGACUGCACUUUCCCGUGGCCCUGAGGAAGAUAACCACAGCUAUUCUGCUAUAUAAGUUGUGAAUUACAGUUAUUUGUAGUUCCAGCUCAGCUUGUUGUUGUAUUAUUUGAACAUAUAUAUGACGAUCGCAUAUAUUAUGUUAUGUAUGUUGUCUUAUAAAACUAGACAAACUUAUUUAGUAUUGCAAAGUGUGAAAUAUUGAAUUUUCCCUUCUUAAACAUUAAGUUAAUGAUCUUGAAACAUUUAA